UCAACUUGUUUCGAUGACGGGGAUGGAUUUAUACCGAUCGACGUUCCAUGGUGAAUGGAGUGAAGUGGUGACGGCAUACAAAGACAACGCAACGAUUCACAAGAUGCCCGUCAACAGUGAUAAAGACACGGCGUUGCACGUGGCGGCGAACGAGAACAAUGCUAUCACAGUUAAGCAGCUGGUGGAUGAAAUUAAGCAGACGUCGGGGGCGGUGGAGAGUUUGAAAACAAAGAAUGUUGAAGGUGACACAGCGUUGCAUCGAGCAGCAUCCAUAGGGUCGCUCCAGAUGUGUGAGUGCAUCGUUGAAGCUGAUCACCAUCGUCAUCAAGGACACGUGUUGAUUGAAGAACGGAACAAUAAUGGAGAGACUCCUCUGUUCUUGGCUGCUUUAAAUGGACAUAUGGAUGUUUUCUUUUACCUCAAAGAUCGUUGCGCCGACAAGUCGCUUGGGCCAUGCAGAAGAGCAAGCGAUGGCCAGACAGUCCUUCAUUGCACCCUCUACCGAGACUACUUUGAGUUGGCAUUUGAAAUCAUUCAUACGUUCAAGAAGGACAUUGUGGGCUCCAUGGAUGAAAAGAGUAUUAGCCCUCUCCAUAUCCUAGCCGACAAACCUUCUGCCUUCGAAAGCAGCAUCAGCAAUUUUAGAUGGUAUGCCAAGUUGGCAUACAAGGUUAUACACGUGAAACCGUUGAGGAGCACCAGCCAUCAGUCAAAAUCCCAGCAGACUGGCAAGUUCAUGCUUAUGAAAAGAAAGUAUUUUAUUUGUUUAGCUUAAUUCUGCUUUAUA